CCAAAAACAUACAAAAAAAAAAACCAUGAACAACCUACUCCGCCGCCAAAUUCUCAGCCACCACCACCGCAACAAGAUUGCUCCGGCGUGUGAUGUCUUCAUAAACCACCGGGGAACCGACACGAAGCGGACGGUGGCUUCGUUGCUCUACGACCACCUCGUACGUCUCAACCUCCGACCUUUCUUGGACAACAAGAACAUGAAACCAGGUGACAAGUUGUUCGACAAGAUUGACAGUGCCAUAUUGGGUUGUAAGCUCGGCAUCGCUGUGUUUUCGCCUAGGUAUUGUGAGUCGUAUUUUUGUCUUCAUGAACUGGCUCUGAUCAUGGAGUCGAAGAAGAAGGUUAUACCCAUUUUUUGUGAUGUGAAGCCUUCGGAGCUGAGAGUUGUGGUUAAUGGAAGUAUUCCGAUUUCGACAAUGGACCUCCGGAGGUUUAAUGCUGCUCUUGAAGAGGCUAAGUACACCGUGGGACUCACGUUUGACUCCCUGAAAGGGAACUGGUCGGAUGUGGUAACAGAUGCUGCAGAUAUUGUGAUAGAUAGCUUGAUAGAUAUGGAGGAGGAGCGAAUCCUCCGGCGAAGCCGCCAAAGUACUGGAAUUUCUUUCCCAAAAGUUGUUCAAGCUGCCCGAAUUACGAAGGCAUGA